GAUCCAACAUUUUUUUUGUCACGGUUCGGUGUUGGUUUAAUACGCGGGCGCGGCGCGGGGAACGACUUCACAAGAUAAGAAAUACCGGAAUCGGAUUUCCGGAAAAUUCUCAGCGCUAGCGAGCUCGAAGUACCGGUACCUAUACCGUGUACGUGUACGACGUGGUCUACGGUACAUAUCGCGCAAGCAAGCUCAACUUCAUAUUGAGAUGGACGAUAAAUAAGCAAGGUCACGUAUGUUUUUAUUCAAUGUCAAUGUCAGAGUACCGGUUUAUUAAAUGAUUAAUCACCAAGUCUUUGGAAGAAACCGAUAUAAAUGCUGAGAGAACAGAAUUAAUGACUACCGGUACCUUAAUUGUAACGCUGCGAUAUUGGAGCCGCGAGUGAAAGUCAAGCUGGGACAUGAGAUCUAUCGCGGGGAGCGAAGACAAGAGCCUAUAGGCGCUAGCGGGAGCCUAACUUCAAGAGCGGUUGAUGAAUCCCGGUCUAGGCCCUAGGGCCGCUGAUCUCCCCCUAUGGGCGUGUCGCAAAAACAUCACCCAUAAUUUGUGAGGAUCAUCUGGCUCCAAAUGUUUGAUCCUGAUAGCAAUGGCAGCCCUUCUUAGAUCUCACUUGCAAGUGUUCUACUUCAUUUAUGCUGCUCUCUUCUCUGUAAUCAGUUUGACAACUGGUCAUAUCAGCCUCAACAAUGUUACAACAUUCGAACCAAAUCUACCACUUCAGCAUAUGAUUUUGAACAAAGAAACUGGGGAUGUUUAUUUAGGAGGGAUCAAUUACAUUUACCAUCUGACCUCUGACCUUUCUUUAAAGGCAGAGCAGAGCUCUCUCACAGCAGACAUCACUAACUUCUGUCCUGCUGGAGGCUCUGGAUGUAUCCUCCCUCCGGAUUGGGAGGAAAAUGAAAAUAAAGUGCUGUUGAUCGAUGAGGAAAAUGAUUUCUUAAUCGCAUGUGGAAGCGCUUUCAAUGGAACUUGUGUGCUUCAUCAUCUCAACUCCAUCACGACCGUCCAAUCUCGUGUACAUGAUCCGGUUCACCAUGAGGAAUCCUCACUGGGGAUUGGUGACUCUGUAGUAGCGUUUUAUGGACAAUCUGUUGUCAACACAAAUGGAGAAGAAACCAUGAGUACUGCUCUGUUUGUUGGGGCAAGCUUUAACCCUCUAUUUAACAACACACUUAUCCGCCAACAUGCCAUUUCUACUAAGUGUUUACUGCAAAGGAACAGUCGCUGGACUUUUGACUUGGCCUAUCAAGAUUUGUCAUUUGGGCGUUUCACUUACAUAGACAUAAAGGACACAUAUACUCAUAACUAUCCAAUAAAGUACAUCAAUGGAUUUGAGCAUGAUGGAUUUAGCUACUUUACCACUGUUCAGAGAGAAGAUGUUGAUUCAGAAUACUAUCAUUCUCGGGUUGUUCGAAUUUGCAACCGUGAUGAUGCUUACUAUUCUUACACUGAGAUACCACUGGAGUGCAACAGCUAUGCUAGUGGCCGUACCUACAACCUGCUUCAGGCGGCUCAUUUUGGAACCGUAGGUGCAGAUCUGGCCAGAGAACUCAACUUUAGGACUGGGCAAAAGGCCUUGUUUGGCCUAUUUGCAGAGAGCUCCCCAGAUGCACCCGAUCAACCGACUGGCAAUAUGGCCUUGUGUAUCUUCACUUUGAAAAAGAUCAUAAGGAAAGUCACUCAAGGUGUACAGGACUGUUUCUAUGGGUUUGGCUCUCAAGGUUUGAGGCACUUCUCAGACAAUCUUAUGUGCAGUUUUGCAACAUUUCGUUCUGUUGAUAAAUCUUUUUGUGGGACUGGUGAUCUGCAUCCCAUCCAAGCGCAGAACACACUGAAUGCGUAUGAUUAUCUUAGUGGAGGUGGUCAUGGCCGUCACUAUACCUCAAUAUCAACUCUUACCAUGGGCAGAGAUACAGUAGCUGUCAUGGGCACCAGGUCUGGCCGCAUUCAUAAGUUUAUAGUGGAACCUCUGUCCAUUGACUAUGUGAGAAGAGACUAUCCUCUGAGACCUUAUAAGGAUAUUGCACUGGAUACAGAAGGACCUGUUCUGCAUGAUAUGAUUCUGGAUUCAAACCAGGAUCAUAUUUUUGUUAUGACUCCAUACAAAGUUUACAAGAUAGCUAUGAAGACAUGUGAGCACUACAUCCACUGUUCAACCUGUGUGACCUCUCGUGACCCUAAUGGAUGUGGAUGGUGUGGUGGAGUGUGUACCACGGAGGAUGAAUGCGAUGGUGCUGAUGGUCCAUCUGGUGAAUUACCAGAUACUGAAGUUGAUUCUGAGGAUGGUCCUGACUGGGUGACAGAUGCUUGUGCCCCGGCUAUUUUUGAGAUUUCUCCAGUGUUUGGUCCUCUCCAAGGGAACACAUCUGUAAAUAUCAUUGGUGAUAGUCUUGUGGCUGAUGCUGCAGUGAGUGCUAACUCAACCCUGGAAGUGAUUGUAGCAGGACAACCAUGUCAUGUGGAUAUGAAUUCAAGCAAUAUUUCGCACAUUAUUUGUGUAACUCCCUCUGUUGAAAAGCCAGUAUCAGGCCCAGUGACUGUUGAAGUAGAAGUUGAUGAUCCGAGCCUCACAUUUGCUAUUGGAGGAUUUGUAUCAUCUGAACCUCAAUACAUCUUCUCAUAUGUGGAGCCAGUUUUCAGCCACUUCAGCCCUCUGAUUGGACCGAUGUUUGGAAAGACUACAAUAACUCUAUUUGGUCAGGGCCUUCAUGCUGGUAACACACCUGAAGUAACCGUUGCUGGUGUGCCCUGUCAUAUACAUAGCGUGACGUCUACGAAGAUUCAUUGCAUAACAAGAAAUUCCAGUAUGCUGACAUCAGGUCCUGUUGUUCUCAAACUAGACAGACUUCAACUCAACAGCACAUUAGAUUUUAUUUACACAGAGAACCCAUACAUCACACAUUUCUCUCCUUCAAAGAGCUACCUAAGUGGAGGCAACAAUCUCCAGAUCUGGGGUUUUAAUCUACAUCUUGGUCAGCAUGUUCAGUUAGAGGUUUCUGCCUUAACUGACUCUGGCCAUCGGGUGGUCAAAUCACAGGGAUGCACUGUGCCAUGGCACCCAUUUGACAAUACCAUACCAAGUGGUGUGACCGAGAACAGUCUUACCUGUACCACUCCAGACUUGAGUGAUGCUGGGAUAAACCCCACUCCAAGUCAGCCUUUCAUUGCCAAUGUCACCAUCAAGUUCAACAAGAUUGUCCUGGUGCCCAUGUCCCAAGAUGGUCAGAUUGAACUGCCAAUGUGGGAGAUUCUCUACUAUCCUGAUCCUAUUCUUGAUAGAUUUGAUGAGCACGUGUACAAGUUGGAACCUGAUUCCACUUCUGUUAUCAUUCAUGGUGAAUAUUUAGACCUUGUUAGCCGAAAGGAAGAUGUUUCAGUCAUGAUCGGCUCUUAUCCUUGUGCUAUUGAAGAGUUAGAAUCCACUUACAUAGCAUGCCAGAUUCCUUCCUCUCUUUAUAAAUCAGGCGAUGGAUCUGGUAUAUAUGAAGUCAAGGUUACAGUGGGAAACAAAGAGGCAUACAGCGUUGGCCUCCUUCAAGUGCCCCCUCCACAGGGUAUAGGUAAGACUCCAGUAGCGAUCAUCAUCAUCAGCACCCUGAUCCUGCUUGCUGUUAUUAUUCUCAUCAUUGUGAUUGGCAUCAGGAGGUACAAGAAAUCCAAGAGAGGAGAGAGAUUACCCAUCGAUGACGCACAUGUGGCUUUCAAUCAGAUGUCAGGGACAGAGGAGGUCCGUUUGCAAGGUGGCCAGGGUUUGCAUAGGAAUAACACAUACUUGACUAACCCUGGUACCCCAGCUAAUGGAGCAAUGCCUCUCACCCAUGCCCCUCUACUGGAGCAGAUAAAUAAUGAGUUAGCUGCAGAGAUUAGUCAAGUCUUGAUACAUGAAGAGAAGAUUGCUCUGGGAAAGGUUUUGGGCCAAGGUCACUUUGGUUGUGUGUUUGCUGGUAAGCUUCAUCAAGAUGGUGAAGAGCAGCAGGUGGCUGUUAAGUCUCUUCACCAAGGUACUCUCAAUGAGAUCAGUAACUUCCUUCGUGAAGGGAUCAUGAUGAAGGACUUCAAACAUCGCAAUGUGUUGGCUCUUAUAGGGGUCUGUAUCAUCAGUGAUACCAACAUGCCUUAUGUCAUCCUCCCUUUCAUGAAGAACGGUGACAUCUUGACGUUUGUCCGGGAUCCCUCUAAUGAGUUGACAGCUAGACAGCUGCUUGAGUUCUGUCGUCAGAUCGCAGAAGGGAUGAUGUACCUGUCUGGUCUCAAGUUCGUCCACCGUGAUCUAGCUGCACGUAACUGUAUGUUGGAUGAAGACAUGGUGGUCAAGGUAGCAGACUUUGGACUGUCCAGGGAUAUCUAUGAGAGGGACUACUACAGUGCUAAGGACAGGACAGCUAAACUGCCUGUUAGAUGGAUGGCUAUGGAGUGUUUGGAGAGAAACAUCUAUAACACCAGGACAGACGUGUGGUCCUUUGGUGUUGUAAUGUGGGAGUUGUUAACCAGAGGAGUGGUGCCAUACCCUGCCAUUGACAAUGUGGACAUCUUAAAAUACCUUCAUGGUGGUCGACGGCUUUCUCAACCUGAGCAUUGCCCGGACCAUGUGUAUGAGGUGAUGUUGAGUUGCUGGUCAGUAAGUCCCAUUGACCGUCCAAGCUUCUGCCUGCUGGUGGACAACCUAGAUGGUAUCCUGAUGGUCAAGCAAGAAGACACAGGUGAUCAGGAGAAAACGGAUACUUACAUCAACAUUCCCGGAGCAGCUUCAUAGUCUUAAGAGUUAAGUUCCUUACGCUGGAUAGUACCAAGUCAGCAACGGUCAAAUUGCUCAACAGACUUUGUUCAUACAAGUAUUUUAGAAGAAAAAAAAAACCUCAGAAGCCAGUUUUAUAUAAACUUUAACGAUAAUGGUAACUUUGCCAUUGUAGGUAAUACUGUAUCUAUAAAAGGUAACAAUUGACAAUGCAAUUCAUAUCACCUGUAAAUGGUACAAAUGCCGACAUUGAUCAUCGGAAGUCAUACCCAUUCAUAUCUCAAUUGAUUAUGAUGGGAAAUGCUGGGAAAGUCAACGUGAGAAAAACAAUCACCUCAUUUCAUAUUUAAAGUAGAAAAAGAAACUCAUACUUUGAUUAAAUUAAGCUUAUAAAAACAAGAAUUGCACCAUGGUAAGACAUUUUAUGGCAUAAUUCUUCCAAAAACACAAAGGCUCUAUUUUCUGGUUAUGCUGUUACCAUUUUAGAAACCACAAUGUCAUGAAUACAAGUUCAAUAAAAGAGUUUAGGUAAUCAAGAAAGAGAAGGCAAGAAAUAAAAAAAAAUGCAUGUAUAUUAUGAAAGUUUAGGUAAAAAAUGGGCCCUGUGGGAUUACCCUGCUAUCAAAAUUGUCUUAACUGACUAAAGAUAUGAUGCUGAGAAGUUAUUCUUCAACUUUUUGCCUUAUUACAAGCAAUGACAACUUCACAUUUCAGGCCUUUAUAUUGUACAGCCCCAAUGAGGCUUAAACAUGUUCUGUUUGUCAGUUUGGAGUACAAUUGACAGGCAUCCCUGUAUAUGGUUUCUCCAUUAUGAGAGAGAAAAUUUAUUUGAAACACCUUGCUAAAUGAAAAAAUAAGAAAUAAUCAUAAAAAUUCCAAGAGGGUCCAACCUGCAAUUUACAUGAAGAAGCCUUGCAUCAUAUGGAUCAGUGCAAGUCAGUGGAGAAAUUAUCACCAAUUGAUCACCCCUACUGGUAUCCCAACUUACUUUACAUCUUUUUUAAACUGGACAUCUCCUCAGUGAAAAUUUUUGGAUAAGUACUGUGUUAUAUGGUCUAUUGUCUGUUGAUGUCAUACUGGUAGUGGUAUGGGGUCAAGUUUACUUACCUCACACUACCCAGAAAUUACGAUCAGUUGCAGAGUUAAAGAAAAUGUUCCAUUUUUGUAAAGGUAGGUUCGAGCUAUACAGUGCGUAUAAAAAAACGGGACGAUUUUGAAGUCUAUCAAAAUUUUGUUUCAAAUUAUUAUGUCUAUAUUUUGAUGUUGAUAGAUGCUCUCAUGUCUUAUUUUUCAAAUGCCAUUAAAAAAAAUGAGUUUCGCUCAUGCUUGAGCAAACACGAAACGUUUUUGUCAGGGGUUCAAAAAAAGGCUUGCGCCAAAUGGCAUAAAAUAAGAAAAUAUUGAUCACGAGACUUCUUGCUAGUUUUUAUUCAACUUGUUCUCAUUUCUUAAUUUCUGCAUAAAUUAUGUUCAUACUUGGUAAAUACGAUCCUUGAGUAAUAUGUCUGAGGAUGAUGAGGUUGAAGGUCAAAUUAUAUUUGGUCAUGUCCAUCCUUUUUUGUUCAACUUGCUCUCAUUUGUUAAUUUCUGCAUCAAUCAUGUUCAUACUUAGUACAUAUGAUCCUUGGGUAAUACUGUAUGUGUAUCCAUGAAGAUGAUGGGGUCGAAGGUCAUCUAGGGGUCAAAAUAUUAUAUUGCAUAUUUUAAUUAUCGCAAAAUCAGGCGAGACUCAUGGUUCGCAAACCACCUUGUUUCAUUUAAAUGUCAUUUUUUAGCAUUGAAUAUUAUUUGAUAAGUAAGAAAAAAAUAACUUUUUUGUCAACUUAAGCAAGGAGAUUUCCAUUAUUAAUGUGGAAAGCUUGUAAUUUAUGCAUAUUCUAUUAUUAUGUGCAACAAAGGUUAUGGUGCCUUUAAAAGGCAUGAAUCCUAUUGUCAAUGGGACAUUGAUUUCUUGAACAAGUUCAAUUGUGUGCUCGACAGGACAAUGUUAAUACUAAC